CUCUGUCUCCUCUCUUCCAGGUGUGUGCGGCUGCUGCGGCGCCCUGCGUCCUCGCUACAAAAGACUCGUCGACAACAUCUUCCCUGAGGACCCAGAGGAUGGGCUGGUGAAGACCAACAUGGAGAAGCUGACAUUUUACGCCCUGUCUGCCCCGGAGAAGCUGGAUCGCAUCGGUGCCUACCUCUCCGAGCGGCUCAUCCGAGACGUGAGCCGGCACCGAUAUGGGUAUGUGUGCAUUGCCAUGGAGGCCCUGGACCAGCUCCUCAUGGCCUGCCACUGCCAGAGCAUCAACCUCUUCGUGGAGAGCUUCCUCAAGAUGGUGGCAAAGCUGCUGGAGUCGGAGAAGCCCAACCUGCAGAUCCUGGGGACCAACUCGUUUGUGAAGUUUGCCAACAUCGAGGAGGACACCCCGUCUUAUCACCGCAGCUACGACUUCUUUGUGUCCCGCUUCAGUGAGAUGUGCCACUCCAGCCACGACGACCUGGACAUCCGGACGAAGAUCCGGAUGUCCGGCAUUAAAGGCCUGCAAGGAGUGGUGAGGAAGACGGUGAACGACGAACUCCAAGCCAACAUCUGGGACCCACAGCACAUGGACAAAAUCGUGCCCUCGCUGCUCUUCAACUUACAGCAAGUGGAGGAGGCCGAAAGCCGCUCCCCCUCCCCGCUGCAAGCCACCGAGAAGGAGAAGGAGAGUCCUACGGAGCUGGCAGAGAGGUGUCUGCGGGAGCUGCUGGGCCGAGCGGCGUACGGCAACAUCAAGAACGCCAUCAAACCCGUCCUCAUUCACCUGGAUAACCAUUCGCUCUGGGAGCCGAAGAUCUUUGCUACCUGCUGCUUCAGGAUCAUCAUGUACUCGAUCCAGCCACAGCACUCCCACCUCGUGAUCCAGCAGCUCCUGGGGCACCUGGAUGCCAACAGCAAGAGUGCGGCCACCGUGCGCGCGGGCAUCGUGGAGGUCCUCUCGGAGGCAGCGGUGAUCGCAGCCUCCGGAUCUGUUGGUAAGUGGAUANNNGGGUUGUUUACCCCCCUGCGGGGGCACCUGCGGCUCAGCAUCGACUACGCGCUGACGGGGAGCUACGACUGCACCGCCGGCGUCAGCACCAAGAUCAUCAAGGAACACGAGGAGAGGAUGUUCCAGGAGGCCGUCAUUAAAACCAUAGGUGGGGUGUCCCGCGGCGGAG